AUGUUCGCGAGAGCUGCUAUUCCUCGCCAGGCUUGCUUUCGCAACGCCUGUCACUUCACCAAGCGUUUCGCGUCUACCAAGGCAAGUUCUACCCCAACUCAGUCCCGUCGCGUCGCCUUACCCCGCUUUCCCCAGACGCUGCGCGAAACUCUUCAGGAAGUGAUUCCUGCUAAGCAGGAACAACUCAAGAAGCUUAAAACUGAGCACGGGAACGCUGUUGUCGGUGAUGUCAAAGUUGACAACAUCAUCGGCGGUAUGCGUGGGUUGAAGGCCAUGCUGUGGGAUGCCUCCGUCCUCGACCCCAUCGAGGGUAUCCGUUUCCAUGGUCUUUCCAUCCCAGACUGCCAAAAAGUCCUCCCCCCUGCCCCAGGUGGCAAGGAGAUCCUCCCUGAGAGCAUGCUCUGGCUUCUGCUCACAGGUCAGGUGCCCACCCCCGAGCAGACCCUUGGCCUCUCUCGCGAGCUCGCCGAGAAGGGAGAGCUUCCCAAGUUCCUCGAAGACCUCGUUGAUUCAUUCCCUCAGACCUUGCACCCCAUGACCCAAUUGUCUAUGGCUGUUGCUGCCUUGAACCACGAUAGUUCGUUCCAGGCUGCCUAUGAGAAAGGCAUAAAAAAGACCGAGUACUGGACUCACACCCUUGAGGAUUGCAUUAACCUCAUUGCACGUCUUCCGGCGCUCGCUGCGCGUAUUUACCGCAAUGUCUACAAGCCGGACACCCCUCUGCCUACCAUUAACAAGGACCUGGACCUUGUCGGAAACUAUUCCAACCUGUUGGGAUAUGGCGAUAACGAGAGCUUGACUGAGUACCUCCGUCUCUACAUUGCUCUGCACGGUGACCACGAAGGAGGCAACGCCUCCGCGCACACUGCCCAUCUGGUUGGCUCAACCCUCGCCGACCCAUACCUCGCUUACUCCGCGGCUCUGUCCGCCCUUGCUGGUCCUCUGCACGGACUUGCUAACCAGGAGGUCCUGAGAUGGCAGAUGGCCAUGCAGAAGGAGCUCGGCAGCGACGUCUCACUCGACCAGAUCAAGGAGUACCUCUGGAAGACGCUCAAGAGUGGACAGGUUGUUCCUGGCUACGGACACGGUGUUCUUCGUAACCCCGAUCCUCGAUUCAUCGCUCUCCAGGAGUUCUGCGAGACCCGACCUGAGCUGCGAGACAGCCCGAUUAUCAAGCUCGUCCAACAGACCUUCCAAGUCGCCCCUGAUGUUCUCAAAGAGCAUGGAAAGACCAAGAACCCCUACCCCAACGUCGAUGCUGCAUCGGGAUGCGUUCUUUACCAUUAUGGCUUGACAGAGUUCAAGUAUUACACCGUUAUUUUCGGUGUUUCCAGAGCUCUGGGUGCGCUGACGCAACUGGUUUGGGCACGCGCUCUUGGCCUACCUCUGGAGCGACCCAAGUCUGUCUCCAUCGAUGUCUUGCAACAACUCGUCAAGCAGGCUUAA